GAGAUGUUAAGUAACGGAGCUCAGAGAGCCUCAGCCGCAUCAGUAGCUGGAAUCCUAGCUACAGGGCCAGGCUUCCCCCUCUCCCCCGCCAGCCAGUGGCAUUAGUGGCAGUGGUUGGCAUCCUGGGGGGAAAGCAGGAGUCGCAGGAUGGACAGAGAUUCUGGGCUGCAUGAGGGGGAACUGCAGUGACAGCUACUUCAGCACUGCCAUCCUCACUGGAGACGAGGACUCCGAGACACACACGCACAGGCUGGGGCUGCUGCAUUUGGGGGGACGGCCUCUCCCUCCUGCACAUGCUUCCUUUGCCGCCUCCUUGGUGGGACGCAAAGCGAAGGCCCUUCUGACCAGGGCAGCGGGUGGAAGGCAAGGGUCCUGCUAGGAAAGGCAGAUACUGCACAAUGCUGUUGGAAGGACCCAGGGGGCACACAGGGCAGCCGUGGACUUAACCCAGAGGGGAGGAAGCUGGCGCCUGGCAACUGACCUCUGUGGAGUUUUGCAGGGACUGCACAGUGCUCAGGUGGAGAAUUCUUGUCCUGAGACCGAAAUGAAUGGAGAUUCAUUAAACAAAGGGCUCCAGUCAGUAUUCCGUACCUGGAGACGCAACCAGGGACCUUUCAUUCUUUCGCUGAAAGGGAGACGGUGCCAUUUCCAUUACAGAAAUGCCUGCAAGAACCAGCGCUGAGGAGCUGAAAGCGGAGAAAGCCAGUGAGGGGAGCCGUGUCAGCUGAUCAGCUUUCAAACCGCCUUCAAACACUCACUUUUCUUAACAUGAUCCCGCCAUCAAUGGAGCCUCCAGAGCACCCCUUAGGAACGUUAACAGGAGAAGAAUAAAAUGGAGCCAAAUGGUACUGUGAUUUGCUUUGAGAAAUACCUCGUUUUCUUAGCACAAAACGGGAACUGAAAAAUAGUCCCCUACCCCAGCUCCUUUGGACUUUAUAGAAUUCUAAAAUAUUUUUGUAUGAGUUCAGUAUGCAGUUCCCGUUCUGCUUUAGUGGCUACUUAUUGAUCCCAAAAUAAUACCAGGGGAGAAUACUUCAGCAGCUGAACCCGCGCAGCGGGACGGCUGACAAAAGGCCAUUGUCCUGCCUUUCCCACUUAUCUUAUAUCAACUGGUUUUGACCCAAUCGUGUGCACUUGAAGAGAGAGUUGCAAGACUAGGGUUGCUGUCUUUGCUCUGCGACUUCCCACCCAACACAAGGCGAGUAAUGAAGGCGCUAUGGCCAAAUUAUUGGUAAAGUUCCAGCGUUAUUUUAGGCGGAAACCUGUGCGCUUCUUCACUCUGAUCGCGCUGUACCUGACGGCCGGGAGCCUGGUGUUUCUGCACUCUGGGUUUGCGGGGGAGGCCACCAUCUCCGAGAAUGAACCCAACCCCCUGGAUGGCACCAGCGAAGGGACAGCGUUUCAGUACCUGGGGGUGGUUCAGCUCGGGAGGGGGUUCAAGGAGACCCCGGAGGCUCGGAAUUCUGUCCGGAGGUAUGGGCCGUGGUUCAAGAGCGUUUCCAAGGAUACGCCAGAGAGGAACAAAAUGGGGGACCAUGGCGGGGCCUGGAGCAGAGCUCUCAAAGGGAGGAAGGUCCGUGAGAAAGAGGAGGACAGAGCAAAAUACAUUGGCUGCUAUAUGGACAACACUCGCCGACGGGCGCUGCGUGGCGUGUCCUUCUUCGACUACAAAAAGAUGACAGUGUUCCGUUGCCAGGACAACUGUGCCGAACGGGGUUAUUUGUACGCCGGGUUGGAGUUCGGUGCAGAAUGUUACUGUGGACACAAAAUCCAGGCCUUAAAUGUGAGCGAGUCUGAAUGUAACAUGGAGUGCAAGGGAGAGAAGAGCAACAUCUGCGGAGGUGUGAACCGUCUCUCCAUUUACCGGCUGGAGCUGGCCCAGGAGUCCGCCAGGAGAUAUGGCAGCGCGAUAUUCCGCGGAUGCUUCCACCGGCCGGACAACAUCUCCUUAGCUUUGCCUGUGACAGGGGUGAUGCUGAACAUGUCUGUAGACAAGUGUGUGGACUUCUGCACUGAAAAGGAAUACCCGCUGGCAGCCCUGGGGGGGGCCUCCUGCCACUGCGGCUUCCCCACCACGCUCUUCACCCUCCACGAGCGCGAGGACGAGCAGCUGUGCGCCCAGAAGUGCGGCGGCGAGGAGUUCGAGAGCUGCGGCACCACUGAGUACUUCAUCGUGUACCAGACGCAAGUGCAAGACAAUCGUUGUAUGGAUAGAAGGUUUUUACCAGCUCGGUCGAAACAGUUUAUAGCUCUGGCAAGCUUUCCUGGAGCGGGCAACACGUGGGCGCGUCAUCUCAUCGAGCUAGCUACGGGUUUCUACACUGGGAGCUAUUACUUCGAUGGAUCGCUCUACAACAAAGGGUUCAAAGGGGAAAGGGAUCAUUGGCGAAGUGGAAGGACAAUCUGCAUCAAAACCCACGAAAGUGGCCAGAAGGAAAUCGAGGCCUUUGAUUCAGCCAUACUGCUCAUCCGGAACCCGUACAAAGCCCUGAUGGCUGAAUUCAAUCGGAAGUACGGCGGUCACAUCGGCUUCGCUUCUCACGCACAUUGGAAAGGCAAAGAAUGGCCAGAGUUCGUCAAAAAUUACGCCCCCUGGUGGGCCGCUCACACGCUGGACUGGUUGAAGUAUGGCAAAAAUGUCCUUGUGGUGCACUUUGAGGACCUGAAGCGAGAUCUCUUUGUCCAACUGAAGAGGAUGGUGAGCCUCCUGGGCACCAGGGUCUUUGAGGACAGACUCUUGUGUGUCGAGGGCCAAAAAGAUGGAAACUUUAAGCGCUCCGGGCUGAGGAAACUGGAAUAUGACCCCUACACGCCCGAGAUGAGAAAAACGAUCAGCGCUUACAUUAAAACUGUGGACAUGGCUCUGAAACUCAGAAACCUCACAGGGGUCCCAGAUGACUAUUAUCCAAGAUGAUGAAGAUGACGCUUGGGGGAACUGACUCUAACCAGAACAGAAAGGCUUGGUUUUCCCAGCCAGUACCUAGUUCCACCCAGUGGGUGGCUUUCUUUGAAUUAUCCAUCUGCUGCUAUUAGCUGUUAAUGAAUUCCCUGCAUGAGAAAAAAGAAUGGUCACCAGUCACCGCUGAGAAGACGCCUUGGCAAACACAUCAACGAGUCUACAUUCUUUGGGGAUUGUGCCGUUGUGAAUUGGCAUUUGCGACAUGAAAACCUUCACCGCUGCUGUCUUUACCGUUUUCUCUCUCCUAUAGCGUGGGGUGUGUUUUGCGUUCUCUGUCAGACUUUACAAAAUGGUGAACAAUGUUCUGAAAUGGCGGGAAGGAGAAGCAGCCUCCGAUUUCCAGUCUGAAAUGGGGCUGAACAGAGACAUGGCAUUUAAAAUUUGAUCUGAUGUUAUUUACGGUGAUCCAUUCAUUCCUAACAACGUAACUUUAUUUAUAACCUUCCUUGGAGUUUGGGGGUAAUGCUAAUGCUGGAGAUUAACAGUAAAACUCACUGUGCAUUUCCUGGGCCUAAUUCAGCUCGCAGGCCCUGAUCCAACAAGGCACUUUAGCACAUAUUUCGCUGAAGCACAGCUUCUGAACCUGGGGGUCGCGAACCCUGCGUGUCAGGGGUCACGACCACCUGGAUUUUCUUAGAUCACUAACAGGGGCGGCUCUAGAAAUCAGGCUGCCCCAAGCAGCGCGGUGCGCUGCGCCGCCCUUC